UCCUCAGAAGCUGCUGUUCUGCACUGCUCUGCCAUCAUGCCAUGUUGCGCGGCUUUGUUGUGUUUUACGACUCUGAUGGGUCUUGCAGCUCUGCGUUAUUUUUUUGGCUCUGCCGUUUUUCCAGCUCUGCCGUGUUUUGCGGCUCUGCUGUCUUUCACAACUCUGCCAUGUACUAUAAAUAUGAAAAUUAUGAUCUUUCUGUGAAAGCAACCAGCUCUGCAUAAUCAGUUCCAAAGUACAGGCUCUGCCUUCUUAUAGUCGUUAGAAUUGGAAUGAUUAACAUCGACAGGAAUUCCAAAUAAACCAGCAUAUUGUUUGUUGACUGCAAGUAGAGUCGUGUUAAUUACUGUGUGUUUGCAGAGCUUUUGUUCUUCUUUCUCUAUCAUUAUUAGCCCAAUCUAUCUCCCAACUGCUGAACUUUUUCAUCAAAGAUGUUUGCAAAAAGUUUAGCUACUGAAUGUUGCUGAGAAAAUAAUUCAUGAUUUCAGUGCUGAAGUUUUGGUCUCAAGUUUUGGCAGGAAACAUGCAUCUGAGGCUCCCAAUCCUCCAUGCCAGGUUGAUUAUCAAGGUCCUGGAAGUGGUUCUGUUCAUAGUCAUCUGUGCUGGCUACAGUAACCUGCGUGUCUCAAUUGUCACUCCGACUCUGCGGGUCUUCUCCCUUGCCUCCAUUGUGCUGGCUGGGGUGCUUGCUCCUCCAUCUCUAAUAUAUGAACUUUAUCUCAAUGAUCCUAAACGAUUUAUAUCAAUAAAGGAGAUUGCUGCCACAGCAUUCCUGUGCUGUAUCUUCAUGGCCCCCUGUGUGGAGCUGCUAAGUUUUUGGCUGCCGUCGCAGCUCUCAAUGUUUGGACCAUCUCGUGAGCAGGCCUUUAUCUUCUCUGGACUUUGUGCUGCCUCUGCUGCACUUUAUGCUCUUGAUGCUCUUCUUGCCUGGCCUCAUCGUAAACAUUCUUGAUGGAUUGAUGCUCGUCCACUUCUACCCUGAGAUGAAGAUUUCUGAGCACCUAGCAAAAAGGCAUUUUUUCUAUCUUCAAAAUUGAUUUCAAGUGAAUAGGUCAAUGACAGUGCAGCCGUGAGACAAGAUUCAGCAGUGAAUGUUCUAAAAUCUAAAUCAAUCAAUCUUCUGUCAUGAGGGUAGCCAAGGUUGCUGAUGCCUAGGAUGACAUGCACUGAAUGUGCAGAAAAAUUAAAAUUACUGCAGUUAGUUUGAAGUAGUUGGUGAUGUGUGAGGAGAAGAAAUGGCAGUACUGAGAAGAGAUAAGGAUGUGUGGCAGGAGGGAAGCUGCAUUGUAGAGGGGAGACCAAGCAGUGAAUGCAUGGAUAGGCAUGAUGCAUCUUUUUGAUUUCCAGACAAUAUCUGAGAAAAUAUAAGUUGCAUGAGAUUAAAGGACUUGCUGUGUGUGACUGUAUAGAGGGCGAUGUGUAGGAGAUAUACCAAUCAUUGAAGGUUUUGCAUUCUCAAGAUAAAAUAAUUUAAAUAGUGAGUCAUAAAAAAUUCUCGUGAAAUUAAUUUGAACUUAAAAAAAUUAAAGAUAAGAGUUUUCUCCAACAAAGAUCAUCAUGGACAUGUAUAUAAACCUAGAUUGCUCUUGUAUUCACUGCAGAGUUUCAGCAUUGAACUCGUACCGGUAAACAUUUAAUAAGGCAGUUUUUUUUAAUGUUCCCUUCCCUCCCACAUUGCUUACUCCAUUUACACCCACCCUGACAAGGGCCAUGUUGAUGGCCAUUCUGUUGACAUGGGUAAUGUUGCCACUCUUAUCGUUGACACAGGCAAUGUUGAUGUUGACUUUGCUGACAUGGGUAAUGUUGAUACUCAUCUUGUUGACACAGGCAAUGUUGAUGUUGACUUUGCUGACAUGGGUAAUGUUGAUACUCAUCUUGUUGACACAGGCAAUG